UUUCAAGGUGUUCUUAUCUUGUACAUAAUCAUCAACAUCAUCACUGUUCCCGUUAUUGCCGUCUUGAACGCACUGGUGAUGAUCGCCGUGAAGACGAAAUACCGAUUAAGGGCGCAAAAGUCGAACAUUGUAUUAGCCAUGCUUGCUUUGACCGAUCUUUUGGUGGGAAUUCUUGCUCAGCCCAUCUUCAUCGAUGGAAUGAUAUCUAUCUUGCUUCAGGAAAGCAAUGGCCAGUCGUGCCUAACGGAAAUUUUGUCUUUUGCUAUUUCAAACUGCUUGUUCACUAGCUCGCUACUUCACCUGGCCUUAGCAAGCGGGGAACGCUAUGUAGCCAUUAAAUACCCGUACCAACACAUUACCAUCGUCACAGAAGCUCGUUUACUGGUUGCUUCUCUACUAACUUGGCUCCUGGCUGUGAUGGUGCACGUUGCACUUGCUGUUGAUACGUUUCUGUUUUAUAGAAUUAACAAUAUAGUUAUCGGACUAUCCUUUGCUGUAAUUAUUUUCUGUCAUUUUUCAGUUUACAUCGAAACUCGCCGGCACGCAAAGCAAGUUGCAGCACAGCAAGUUACACAGGAAGCAAGGAAACAAUUUGAAAAAGACAAAAAGGCCUUCAAAUUAACAUCUACUAUAAUUGGGGUCCUGUUACUUUGUUAUUCCCCGUUAAUGUUUUGUAGAACUUUCCUUUUUAUUAUUUAUACACCCUCCCUAAAUACCUUUUAUAUAAUUGGCUUUUUCGCUGUCACGGUAGUGUAUUUGAACUCGUUACUAAAUCCUGUGAUUUACUGUAUCAGAAUCAGACAAUUUCGUGUCGCAUUCAUUGAGUUAACAUUUAGAAAUGUGACCUUAGCGAGGGCUGAAGAAAUGGAGAGGCAGUGGUUUGGAGCACAAAACGUUGUAGUUGGACGCGAAGCUGAGCAUUAUCAAGGAAGGCCAGAAUAA